AUGAUGCUAGAUGAGUUAGUCGAUCUAGAUGAAGAGAGACUAAAUGCCUUUGAAUUAUUGAAAAGGCAGAAGAAGAGAGUAGAGAACUCUUAUAAUAAGAAGGUUAAAGUUAAGACAUUUUCGCCUGAAGAUUUGGUUUGGAAAGUUAUCCUUCUAAUGGAUCGAAAGGAUUGGGCCCUAGGGAAAUGGUUUCCCAAAUGGGAAGGCUCUUUUCAAAUUUUGCAAGUUUUCUCUAACAGUGCUUAUGAGUUCGAAAAACUUAGUAAAGACAAAAGAAUCUUAAGAGUGAAUGGAAAAUAUUUGAAAAAAUAUAAGCCAAUGCUCAAAGAGAUAAGAAUAAUAAACGAGUAA